AUGAUUGGUAUGGCGGGCCUCUUUUCAGGACUGUCUUCAAAUAUCUACUUCCCAUCGUUAGAUUCGAUCGCUAGAGACCUUAAUGUUAGCCUUGGAGCUGUCUCGUUAACCAUAACUUCCUACCUCAUCAUUCAAGGCAUUUCACCGCUCUUCUGGGGGCCAUUAUCCGAUACAAUAGGACGAAGACCAAUCUACAUCGCCUCGUUUUCGGUCUACAUCGUCGCAAACGUCAUCCUUAGUUUCUCCCCCAACUUCCCUGUUCUACUCAUUGCCCGGGGCCUACAAUCAGCUGGAAGCGCGAGCACAGUUAGCAUCGUCCGCAACUUUAGCAUCGCUGUCGGACCAGUUCUCGGAGGACUCCUGUCCAACUUCCUUGGAUUUCGCUCCAUUUUCGUCUUCCUGGCCAUCUUGUCCGGACUUGGCCUUAUAAUGCUACUUGUUUAUUUGCCCGAGACCCUCCGCAGGAUCGCCGGCAAUGGUACGCUAAGACUUUCGGGCGUCUAUCAGCCCUUCAUUCGCAGGCUGACCAAGGAGCCGGAAUACAUGGAAGACGCUGGUGAAAAGCCAGAUAUUUCGAAGGUCACUUUCAACACAUUUGCAAGCCCUAUAAAGCUGCUGGCUGAGAAAGAUAUUAUCGCUCUCUUGGUCAUGGGAGGUAUGGUCUAUACAGUUUGGAGCAUGGUGGUAGCAAGCACAACCGGGAUCUUCAAGGACCGGUUUAAUUUGAACGAAUUAAUGCUUGGUUUAGUUUUCUUGCCUAAUGGUUUCGGCACCAUUGUGGGAUCCUCGAUCGCUGGAAAGAUUAUGACUCGGGACUUCGUCCGUUUCGAACAGCUGUACCUUGAAACCCACCCGGGUGCCCCUGCUCCCUCGAAAUCGAGGAAGGCAUUUGCCUCGGAUUUUCCCAUUGAGCAUGCCCGCCUCCGUUCCAUCCCCGUGAUCACAUUCAUAUUUGUAGUCUCCACCGCGAUUUAUGGCUUCACAGUCCUGCCCACCGACCUCCUUCCACCACAAGCAGCCAAUCCAGCUUGGAUCGCUCUCCCGCUUUUCCUCCAAUUUCUUAUAGCUGCGACGUCCAAUGCGGUCUUUGCCAUCAAUACAACGCUUGUGUCCGACCUGUGCCCGGGAAAAGGGGCGAGUUCCACAGCCAUAAACAACCUUGUGAGGUGCAGCAUGGCAGCCGUGGGCGUCGGUGUGGUAGAGUCGAUGCUGGCACUUGUGGGCCGCGCGGGAACGUUUGUCGCGCUGGCGUUGCUUGUGGUGGCUAUGUCUGUGGUAUACGUGAUGGAGUGGUAUUGGGGAUCGCAAUGGAGGCAGAAAAGGGGGAUGAGGAAUGAAUCAGAGAAAGUAUAA